AUGGCUCGUGGCGAUCAUCAAAACGAUGAUGAUGAUUUCAUGGAUCCACCACAGCGUAAUCGGGCAACUGGGCGGAGAAAAGAGGGUGAUGAGAAGAAGAAACGUAUUCGCAACAGAGCCUCCCAAGAACGACUGACUGCGUUGACUGACAAAUUCAGCGACGAUCAGAAGGGGGCUGCUGCUGAGAUGGGUAUGCAGUCUAUGAUGGCUGUCCGGUGCACGAACCUUGUCAACCCUGUAUGCGAUUGGCUUGGUGAGAUCUACGACCCCGCCUCUAGAGAAUUCGUGAUUCCGGGACGUGGAAGACUACUGCUGAAUGAGGAAUCCGUGUUCUGCACGUUGGGUGUGCCCCGUGGAUAUAUCAAAGUCCCGUACGAGGUCAACAACGAGAUCGAGGAAGCGCUGUUCCCCCGUUUGUUUCCUGGGUUGGAAUCCAUGCCGAACACGACUGCAGUGGCAGAUUCGUUGGAGGCCAUGACGACGCACGGAGAUGUUUUCAAGAUGAAGCUACUCAUGUACCUCAUCUCAUCCGUUUUCGCGCCGACCACUUCUCUUCGCCCAAGCAACAAAUGCUUCCCCAUCCUGGUGAAUGAUCUAUCUUUACUACAUUAUUUUUCCUUCAAUUUUUUUGCUCCGAUGUCAUGUGCAAGCUAG